GUUGCUUUUUACUGCAGGUGGAUAGUUAUUUUGUAUAAAUAAUUAGCAAGUUGUUUAAAAUUGGGCUUUGUAAAAUGGAUGUAGGCGAGUUGUUGGCUUUUAAACCCAAAACUGGAAAACGUGAUUAUGAUGAUGCACCCACUGAAUCACCAAAACCAAAGAUCUCUAAACCAGCGUUGAAGUCAGAUAAGACCAUGGAAAAAGAGCUGGACACAUUUUUUGUCAACGCUAAACUUGGUGGCGGAGGUGAUAGGCCGAAAAAGAAAGCAACAAGACUUCAGCUUCAAGCAGGUGCUGCAGUCAGUUCUGGAUUGAAAAGAAGUGGAGGUUCUGCUCCCGCUUCAAGUGCUGUUAGUCCUCUGGAAGAAAAUGUAAAUGACGAGACGGAGGAAGAGAGGCAAAUGAAACUCCUGGAGAUGUGGGAAGAGAAAGUUAAAGCAAAGGAUUUAAAUGAUGAAGAGCAAUAUGAUGAUCAAAAAGUGAAGAAGUUAAUUUUAUCUUUCGAGAAGAAAGUUUACAAAAACCAAGAGAUGAGAAUUAAGUUCCCAGACAACCCGGAAAAGUUUAUGGAGUCAGAACUUGAUUUGAAUGAUGUCGUCAUGGAAAUGAAGAUUCUUGCCACGAUGCCGGAGCAAUAUCAUUAUCUAGUUGAGCUCCGCUCUGUGAACUCUUUGUUGGCCUUAAUCAACCAUGCUAACACUGAUAUUGCCAUUGCUGUAAUUGAUUUAAUUCAAGAGCUGACUGAAGUAGAUUCGGUCACAGAGAAUGAAGAAGGGGCGAAUCUGCUCGCUGAUGCUUUAAUGGAUGGACAAGCAGGAUCAUUGAUUGUUCAAAACCUUGAAAGAUUGGAUGAAUCUGUGAAAGAAGAGGCAACAGGAGUGCAUAACUCACUUGGUGUGGUGGAAAAUCUACUUGAAUUAAAACCUGAGUUUGGUUUGAACUUUGCUCAGCAAGGCUUUGUGGCUUGGCUGCUAAAAAGAUUAAAAGCAAAAAUCCCAUUUAGUGGAAACAAACUAUAUGCUUCUGAAAUUCUUUCUAUUUUACUGCAAAGUCAUGAUGAGAUACGAAAGCUUGUUGGGGAGCUUGAAGGGAUUGAUAUCUUGCUUCAGCAGUUGGCUGCUUUUAAACGGCAUGACCCAAAAGGUGCUGAAGAAGUUGAAUUCAUGGAAAAUUUAUUCAACUGCCUUUGCUCGUCACUGUUGUUGGUGGAUAAUCGUAGUAAGUUUUUACACGGAGAGGGAUUACAGCUUAUGAAUCUUAUGCUGAGAGAAAAGAAGAUGUCUAGGAACAGUGCUCUGAAAGUACUGGACCAUGCAAUGUCUGGACCAGAUGGAGCGAGCAACAGCGCAAAGUUUGUGGAUAUUCUUGGACUCCGAACUCUCUUUCCAAUAUUUAUGAAACCACCGAAAAAAAACAAAAAAGUUGGAAGCUCAAGGAAGGACCACGAAGAGCAUGUCAUCUCAAUAAUAUCCUCCAUGCUCCAGAACCUCUCUGGCUCCCAUCGGCAGCGACUUAUUGCUAAAUUCACUGAAAACGAUUUUGCAAAAGUUGAUCGUUUAAUGGAACUUCACUUUAAAUAUUAUGAGCGAGUUCAAAGGGUUGACAACAGGCUUGACGCUGAAAGGACACGACUUCUAGUAGAGGGUGAAGAUGAAGAGGAAAUUGAGGAGGACUUUUACUUGAGAAGAUUAGAUGCUGGUUUAUUUACCCUUCAACAAACAGACUACGUUCUUGUUGACAUUUGUGCUUCAGGAUCCUCAAGUAUAAAGCAACGCGUGUUGCAAAUACUCAAUUUACGCAGCGGGUCUGUUAAAAGUAUUCGAACAAUAAUCAGGGAAUACGUGGGUAAUUUAGGGGACAAUACUGGUAGUGUGUCAGGGGUUGAUAAACAAAGAAUACUCGGUCUUGCGGAUAAAUUUUGAUCAAAUGCUUCUGUGUUUGUAACUUUGUUUUAAACGGCAUAUUAACUUGGUUAUCCAAAUUUUUAUUUGAGUUUCUUAAUGUAGAUUUUUCUGGAUGCUGCUAUGAUUUUUUGUAGUUGUCUUUCUUUUUCCUGAUUGCGUCUUACAUUGUGGGUAUAAAUGAAAAAUACAAGUAGUUUUAAACAAUCAAUUAAACAAUAUGCUACCAAUUAUUCACAAUUGUCAAAAUGUGUUUCAAUUUCAUAUCGUUACUAAAAUUUUAUGCCUUUGUAUUUCUACAGA